AGUAGAGAUGGGGUUUCACUGUGUUGGCCAGUCUGGUCUUGAACUCCCGACCUCGUGAUCCGCCUGCCUUGGCCUCCCAAAGUGCUGGGAUUACAAGCGUGAGCCAUCAUGCCCGGACUAGUUUUGUUAUUUUUAUGCAACUACAAGGAAAAUGAUACAUAUCUUUCAUUACUGAAGCUGGAAAGAUGUAUACGUUAGAUAAGAUAAAGAUAGAUCCUGAUGAGCUUCCUUCCAACAUAAACCACCUGUCAGAAGAUGGUGCAGGGAGACUAGGGAAGGUAUCUGUCAGCCUCUCCUCUGACUAAAACUCCCCUAGGAGGGGCAGAGGUUAGUGUAAAAUAUGUAUUUUUUGAGCCAGAGUCUCACACUGUUACCCAGGCUGGAGUGCAGCGGUGAGAUCUCAGCUCACUGCAACCUCUGCCUCAGCCUCCCCAGAAGCUGGGAUUACAGGGCACGUACCAUCAUGCCUGGCUAAUUUUUGUAUUUUUGGUAGAGAUGGGAUUUCACUAUAUUGGCCAGGCUGGUCUCAAACUCCUGACCUCAAGUGAUCUGCCCGCCUUAGCCUCCCAAAAUGCUGUGAUUACAGGUGUGCGUCACCAUGCCCAGCCAUAGUGUAAAAUCUUUAUCCUUCAAUGUGGUUUAUCCCAAUUCCAAUUACACAUUAGGUCUACAACAAAACUCAGGCCUCGGGAAUUCCAAGCUUUGCCCUGGAGUGAAGCCCAUUCCCUUGCUGGGAUUGUCCUGGGGACAGAAGCUGCAUCGCUCACUGUCCUGUGGAGUUGAGGGAAGCUAUCUUUCCACACUGGUGCCAGCAAGGGGUGCAGGGCCGGGAGCCUAGACUGGGAGAAUGAAGCUGGGCCAGACAGACUCCAACAGUGACAGGCCCUGGGCUCACAGGAGGUGGCUGGCAGGACCAAGUGGGUGGCCUAAUGCCUGGCAUCAAGGUGGGGCGCUCUCGGGCUCAGCUGCCGCUGAAGGUGGAGGUAGAAGAGGUCACAGUGCCUGAGGGCUUUGUCCAGAAGCUCAAUGACCACCUGCUCUUGGUGUACACUGGCAAGACCCGCCUGGCUCGGAAUCUGCUGCAGGAUGUGCUGAGGAGCUGGUACGCCCGACUGCCUGCUGUGGUGCAGAAUGCCCACAGCCUGGUGCAGCAAACUGAGGAGUGCGCUGAAGCCUUCCGCCAAGGAAGCCUGCCUCUGCUGGGCCAGUGCCUGACCUCAUACUGGAAGCAGAAGAAGCUCAUGGCUCCAGGCUGUGAGCCCCUGGCUGUGCGGCGUAUGAUGGAUGUCCUGGCCCCCCACGUGCAUGGCCAGAGCCUGGCUGGGGCAGGCGGUGGAGGCUUUCUCUAUCUGUUGACCAAGGAGCCACAGCAAAAGGAGGCCUUGGAGGCAGUGCUGGCCAAGACCGAGGGCCUUGGGAAUUACAGCAUCCACCUGGUUGAAGUGGACACUCAGGGCCUGAGCCUGAAGCUGCUGGGGACCGAGGCCUCAACCUGUUGCCCUUUCCCAUGAAGCUGGCUUCUCUCUGCAACAGGAGAAAACCUGGAGCUACAGUGUCCCCACCUUCCUUGCCCCAUGGGAACCUCCACCUCCUACUCCCCACCCACCUCUGCGAAUCUGCUCCCAAAGGAAGCUGACCAGAGCAAGACCUGGGCAAGCAGAGAGUGCCUAGGACAGGACUGACCUGGCGGACAGUGGCCUAGGUAUAGCCUCUGUUCCUCCUGGACAUAAGAAGGUCCCAAUCUUAGUAUCCCAUGUGGCCUUUACAAAUCCUAUGGCUGGCCUUGUCAUUCCACAAGGGCCCUGGAAAGGGUUGACAGCCAGCCUUGGCAUAUGGCUGGGAGUCCCUUGGCAAGGCCAACCCUGAAGAGGCCCUUCAAGGCAUUCCCUAUGGCCUUCCUUAGAGUUGUAGACUUCACGCUUCACCCUCAUGGGAGCGUGGGAGUGAGGGUGGCGGUCCCUUGCCAAGUUGGUGGCAGUGACCCAGCGAUUCACUGCCAUCCCAGGCCUUAACCAGCAAAGCUACGGACCGUGCCAAGUGACCUGGUGCCUGUGGGAAGUGGGUUCUCAGGACUGGCAUUCUUGGAAUAAAUUCACUCUGUCCUUA